UCUAGUAUAGUCGUUGGGUGAGCGAGUAGUUAUUCCUCCUCAUUCGGCUUCAAAGGUCUGGAACGCCUGACGGAUCUCAAGGGCCCCGUGGAUAGAAAUGGUUCCUUAUGGAUUUGGGUUCAGAGCUAUGACUGGUUGGAUCACAGCUAUAAAAGCAUAAUGGUCUAAUGAUGUAAAAAGUGAAAAACUUCCAUCAUUAAUUAACACCUAAGGCCAACAGGAACAUAGAGGCUUUUAAAAUGUUCCAAAGGAAAAAGAAGAAGAAGAGGAAGAUAGAGAUCUCGGCACCCAAGAACUUUGAGCACCGGGUGCACACGUCUUAUGAUCCUGCUCGGGGUUGUUUUGUAGGACUACCACCACAAUGGCAAAGCGUAAUAGAAACACUAAAGAGACCCAAGCCUUUGGUGGAUCCCUCCAACAUCACAUAUGUGCAGCGUAAGCAGAAGGAAAUUGUGCGGGGCAGUUUUAUAGGACAUGGUGACUACAUUGCAUCAGCAAUCGCUGAAAUGACCAAGCUUUCUGUUACCAGCUCCAACUCACUCAGGAGGAUGAGUCCAUCACUUCGGAAACGAGCAAAGUCUUUGGGAGGCCUUGGUGAGCUCAUUGAGGGGGAAACAUAUCAAUAUCAGGAACUUAAUGAGAAUAGACAGAAAAAUAGCCAGUCUGUAAAGGACUGGGUCCAACAGGUCUAUAAUGAGAGCGGAGGUCCUCGACCAGGUGCCAAAAAUAGUGCCACUUUCCAACCUAAUGGGCUGCCCCCAAGAGCCAGGUCUAUAAUCGAAGUCAGUUUGGCAUCUACGGAGAAGCCACAGCUCAUGCCAAGGGACAUUUUAGGUUUAACAGGAGUAAUUGAAGAAGGCAAAUAUGCUCAGAGCGAGAGACCUUAUGAUCCUAGAAUGGCUCAGAGAGUCAGUAAGACUAACCAAAGACCCAUGUCCUGCCUCUACAAUACUCCUACAAUAAGUCAAGAGUCAAAGAUCAUACCAAGGACAAAUUCUCUGAUGACACCUAGGAGGCCAUAUUUGACUUUCAACUUGAAGACAAACUCCGGAGGUUCUCCAGCAAUCUCAAAGCCCAAUGGGACAAGCAGUCCAAAAUCCGCAUAUGACACCCACUCUCACUCACAGUCUUCCAGCAAUACAACAGUCAUAUCUUCAAUUAAUGCCCCAGUCCCCUCUAUACAGGACAGUCCCACCCAGCCUCGGCCCUCACCUACAGGCUCCCCGGCCACUUACAUCCCUGGGGCUUGCUCUCCAACUCUAACCAGAGCAGAGCAAUCACCCAUAAUUUGUGAGCAGCCUGCGGUCACUCAUGCACAGUUCAAGGCUGCUCUGCAAAUGGUGGUGGACAAAGGGGAUCCUCGCACCUAUUUGGAGAACUUUGUGAAAAUCGGUGAAGGCUCAACCGGAGUCGUCUGUAUCGCACGGGAAAAACAUAGCGGCAAACAGGUAGCAGUGAAGAUGAUGGAUCUGAGGAGACAGCAAAGGAGAGAGCUCCUCUUUAAUGAAGUGGUUAUCAUGAGAGACUACAGGCACAAGAAUGUGGUUGAGAUGUACAAGAGUGCUCUAGUGGAGGAGGAACUUUGGGUCAUAAUGGAGUACUUGCAGGGUGGCGCUUUAACUAACGUAGUAUCUGAAACUAGGUUGACAGAGGAGCAGAUAGCUACAGUGUGUGACGCUGUCCUACAGGCUCUAGCCUAUCUCCAUGCACAAGGAGUCAUCCACCGAGACAUCAAGAGUGACUCCAUAUUACUAACACUGGAUGGGAGAAUAAAGCUAUCAGACUUUGGAUUCUGUGCUCAAAUCAGCAAAGAUAUUCCAAAGAGGAAGUCCCUAGUUGGAACGCCAUACUGGAUGGCUCCAGAGGUCAUCUCCAAAACCCCAUAUGGCACAGAGGUGGAUGUGUGGUCUCUGGGCAUUAUGGUGGUGGAGAUGGUGGAUGGAGAGCCUCCAUAUUUCAGUGACACACCAAUAGCUGCUAUGAAGAGACUGAGAGAUGAACCAGCACCUUCUGUCAGAAACACACACAAGAUCUCGCCAGUGCUGAGGGACUUUUUGGAAUCCAUGUUGACAAAGGACCCUCUGAAGAGAUCAAGUGCCACUGAUCUGCUCAAGCACCCUUUCCUGCUGCAAAGUGGCUCCCCUCGGUGUCUAGUGCCUCUUGUGGAGCAGUACCGGAAACGCAUGUCUCGCUGCUGAGCAGCACAACAGCACUGCGUACAGUACAUGAGAACAAAAAUGAACCAAACCAAACAAAAAACAACUAUGAACAUGCAUUUCGUAAAUGUGAACUCCUUCUGCUUGUCAGUGUCCUGGCCUCCAUGGUCAGUAUUUUCAAAUGGAAUCUGUGUGUGUGUAACAUUUUCACUUGUUUAUUAUAUAUAUUUUAACAAUAACAAGGGUAAUUGUGACAAAAACCAUCUGAUCUGCACAUUUAACUUGGCGCAGGUUUUACACUAAUGGCCUUUCCCACACAACAGUUCUUAUUUUUAUGCAGGCUUGGGACUGGCACUAAGGAUGCUCUGCAUCCAGGGCCUGGGUUUGGGGAAUAAAACCAGGAGCAUAGCAUGGCAGGUUUGAAACCAAGCCAAGCCACUAAUGCCCCUAAUGUUUUACACUAGGGCUUCCUUAAAAUACCUGGUGUCCUAAGUAAAAAUGCCAUGUAUUGGUACAAAUAAUUUUCAAACAAUGAAUACAUAAUUUACAAGAUAAUAUGUCUCUUUAAAGCAAUGCCCUAGUAAUGGGUAUAUAAGUUUAUCUGCUCAUUGAAAGCAUCUAUUUUUUUUUUAUUAACGCACUUAUUUCUGACAUUUUGGCAACAACACUAUUGUUAAUGCAUAAUUGUUAAAUAUAUGUACUGUAAAUCGUUUUAAAUAUUAUGUAAAUUGAAAUGGCAAGGAAAUGUUCAGUUGAAUUUCAAAGUUAAAUGUAUUCUACAUUAUAUUUUUUUCUAUCAGAUUUAAAGAAAUAUUUCAGUGUUAAUUCUACGUCAUUCCAUGCUGAAUCAGUAUAUGGUUGUUGUUAACAGUGUUAGUCUGGAGUCAUCAUUCCAUAAAGUGGUCUAUUAUUAAAACACAUGAAAUGGUGGUUCUGUGCAUGCAUAAGUUAAUUAUUGAUAGGAAACAUGGCCUGGAUAUUUAGUACAGAAUAUUCAGAAGGCCUCUUGGGAACUUUGCGAGAUAAUGAUGUAUAUGUAUGUUAAUCAUUAAAUUAUUCACAAUUACAAAUCUUGUACAAUUACAUAGUUGUGUUGAAAUAUUAAUAGUCUUUUCAAAUUUAAAAUGUGAUUUUUUUUACAGCAGAUUUUAACUAAAUCAAUACUGAAGACAUAAUGACAACUUGUUAUACAGUUACAAGUUUGUACUUAGACUAUAUAAGUAUAUUACCAAAUCUGCCAAUUUGCCAUCAUAA